CUGUGGCUGCACCCUGGUCUUUUGUCACAUCCAAUGACGCCCCCAACAUAACACAAAUUCUUGUCCUGCAUUUAUCAUGACGACGUACGGAUUUCCAGCCAUGGUAACCCGCCCGCCGGGUAGGCUGGUUGCUAUUUCGCCCAACCUCGUGAGGGAAGAAUACAACAUAAUAUCUUCCAUGCUUUGAGCAUUGGACCGCUGGACUUUGGACUUUUUGAUCAGAUCACGUUCACCUUGUCAAGCCGUCCAUCAGGUGAUACAUCAUAGACAGUACCCUCGACAUUGUGAGCCAUGCCUACAGAAACCCAGACUCGAGAGAAUAACUCCUUUGUCCUUCGUGGGAUCAAAGAUGUUCUUUUCGAGGAUCGACCGGUUCCUAAACUCACGAACCCACACGAUGUCCUCCUCCGAGUCGAUUUCACCGGCAUUUGCGGUUCUGAUGUUCAUUACUGGCAACAUGGUCGCAUAGGCCAUUUUGUCGUCAAUGACCCCAUGGUUCUAGGACAUGAAUCAGCAGGCACUGUCUUCGAAGUCGGUUCGGCCGUCAAGGAUCUGAAGAAAGGUGAUCGCGUUGCUAUGGAACCGGGGGUCCCCUGUCGACGAUGUGUGCGGUGCAAGGAGGGCAACUAUAAUUUGUGCUUUGAGAUGGCCUUUGCCGCCACUCCUCCUUAUGAUGGUACUCUGGCCAAAUACUACGUCUUACCCGAAGACUUUUGCCACAAACUGCCCGACAACGUCAGCUUGGAGGAGGGUGCUCUAUGUGAGCCGUUGGCGGUUGGCGUCCAUAUCACCAAACAGGCCAGCGUUCGACAAGGCGACUCAGUCAUUGUCUUCGGCGCGGGUCCCGUCGGCUUACUGUGUGCCGCCGUGGCCCGAGCCUUUGGUGCGAAGAAGGUCAUUGCCGUCGAUAUCAACGCCGAAAGACUCGAGUUUGCCAAAUCUUUUGCAGCCGACUAUACCUUCAUCCCGUCCAAGGUCUCGCCACAGGAGAAUGCCCAGAAAAUAAAGGACGAAUUCGAUCUCCCCAUCGGAGUCGAUGUCGCAAUCGAUGCCAGUGGUGCCGCUCCUAGUGUGCAGACUGCCAUCCACGUUCUUCGAAGCGGUGGCCGCUAUGUCCAAGGUGGCAUGGGAGGAGAUGAGAUCACCUUCCCCAUCAUGGCUGCAUGCACAAAAGAGCUCACUGUCAAGGGAAGCUUCAGGUAUGGCAGCGGGGACUAUCAAAAUGCUCUGGAUUUGGUCUCAAGCGGUCAAAUCGAUGUCAAGAAAUUGAUCAGCCGAAAAGUCAGUUUCGACGACGCCGAGAAAGCUUUCGAGGAUGUCAAGGCCGGAAAGGCCAUCAAGGUGUUGAUCGAGGGGCCAAAAUGAGCGCUGACAAAUGGAAUUUUAGUUCAUCAAUGAAAUUCCAGUCUUGAAACUUGUGAAUGGCCUUCAAGAGUCUAUCAGUUUGUGUCACUCUUCAAGCGCUAUGACUCUAGACCCCCUUGCACUCCGGACAUGACUAGACUGGAACUUCGUGCAACUUUCACAGCGUCUAGCAAAUCUCUCCGCAAGUGACGGAUGAUUCGAGACUUUACUCUGGCCAACACUCCCUCCAGCUCCACAGUCAGAGUCAUCACGUCCUGCACAAUCACUCACUGAACCACCAAGUCUCGAUCCGGCCCACUCAUCGUGCAAAUCCAUCACAACCAGCGUCCAAUUCCAUGACAGCAAUCCGUCCACAGUCCUUCAAGUCUCAGAUGAGUCGACUCAUCCGUCCCUGAUGCAGCUGGAGUCAUUCUCCUCCAGAUGACUCAGAGUUCCGACCUCUGGGGUAUAAAUAUGUCUGUUCCCCCUGCCCUUUCUUCGUCUUUUUCUUUUCCUACAUCCACCACUUGCAUCAAGCACUGGCUCCGUCUCUGCCCUCUUUUGAUACUUUGCAUUUCGUCCCCUCUUGCAAACGGUAUAUAUACACAAAA